AUCACUUGUAGUGUUGUGAGCAAUGUCUGCCGUGACUAUUCACACGAGGAAGUUCAAGGUCAACCCCCUGCUGGCCAGAAGACAGAUGUUGGUGGAUGUAGUCCACCCUGGAAUCGCGUGUCCCAGCAAGGAGAAAGUAUCCGCUACCCUAUCAACGCUAUACCACAAGGAUGCGAAGAACAUCGUCUGUUACGGAUUCAAAACACAAUUUGGUGGAGGAAAGACAACCGGCUUCUGCCUCAUCUACGACUCAGUUGAAGAUGCCAAGAAGUUUGAGCCCAAACACAGACUAGUGCGCAAAGGACUGAUAGAGUCAAAAAAGGGCAAGGAGCAAGGCAGAAGAGCGAAAAAGACAAAGAAGACGAACGCCCGAAAGGGAAAGAAAAAGCCCAAGAAGUAAUCUUUCCUCGCAGGCUAGAAGAAACAAUCACAAGAGUCAGUCAAAGGAGAGAUGAAAAGAGCAUUGGAACUCUGCUGCUGCGAAUUAUCUUAAAGAGUGAUCUGUUUUGAUUUCAUUUUGGAUACUUGCUAAAGCGGAACCUUGGCUCUCAAUUCACUUUUGACAAGUG